CAGAGACGGUACUUGGUUUACUACCCGAGAUUUGUAGAUGUGAUAGAGAUAUAUGGCGCUCAGUUGUACCGUUGAUUUGCUUUGACAUUGUUGAGUACCACUACCCAAAUCGAGUGAUGCGUCAGUUUGGAUUGGAACAGUCAGUUCCCGUUGCGUGUGACACGAGUGUUGAUCUUCAUAAUGUGGAUCGACGGCAUAAAAACAAGAAGUUUGAAGAGAUGCAUCGCAAAUAUGUGGAGGAGUGGCGUGAUCGUGAGAGUCGGAUUGUUCAAGGCACUCCUUUUGCCGGUCAUCGUGAGAGGAUGAAGGAGUAUAUGGAUUGGUAUUGUAGCAUCACGAGACUCCUCAUUACUCCUGUUACACGAUCACCCCCCACCACUCAUUAUCAGCCGUCUUCCUCUGAUAUUAUUUUGUCACAUGCAUUGGCUGAUCUUGCCUCAAGAUGCACUCGAGCUGUGGAUUCUGCGUUAGAGUUACCUCCCAGUUUGGCCCUUCCUCUCACUCUUGAUACGUUACGCAAUUUGAGUUCCUCUUGCAUUGAGACCUUAUCAAGAGUGGGGCAAGAACAUAUCCUCCAACAAUAUGAUUUAGCCUCGUCUCAGUGUACACCCGACACCUCCACCUCACAUGUUUCUCGAGGGCGUGGUUUUCGACCACCACGUGCACGCCCUCCACCACUUACUCCUCCUCUACGCCCUCUAGCACUUACUUCUCCACACCCUCCACCACCACCUUCUCCACGCCCUCCACCACCACCUUCUCCACGCCCUCCACCUCUUACUCCUCCUGCAUCUCCGCCAGCAUCACAAGUUAUUUCAUCUCCUCCUUUGCAGCUUCUCACUUACCGGCGACAAAAGGGUUGCUCUCCUAGUCAACGUCCCGAGCCAAUUGCCGAGGAGGAUGAGUCCUCAUUUUCAUCGUCCGAGCAUUCAAAGAAACAACGUAGAACUUAGAUUUGAGCUACAUUAGAAAUUUUGUGUAAUCUUUUGUUCUUUUUGCUAGUAUUGGAACUUUUAGAACUUUUAGAAACUCAUGUGUCAUUAUUGGAACGAUUGAACUUUUGGAAAUUUUUUGUUUGCACUCUUC